AUGGAUCACUUGGGGACAGCGGAUGCUGAGGACGACUCUGGAUCACUGACGCGGCUUGCACCUAGUCCUCAUAGCGAAGCAGUUGCACAUGAGUUUAAGGAACUCUCAUUGCAACCCAAUCAGUACUUGCCUCCUCUCAAUGAACGGAAGAAUGUACUUCAGCUGAGGCUACAACAAAGACGGACACGAGAACAGCUGGUGGACCAGGGCAUCAUGCCACCUUUGAAAAGUCCAGCUGCAUUCCAUGAGCAGAUAAAGAGCCUGGAGCGAGCCAGGACUGAAAAUUUUUUGAAGCACAAGAUUCGCAGCAGGCCGGACCGGUCUGAGCUGGUCAGAAUGCACAUCCUCGAAGAGACCUUUGCAGAGCCUUCACUACAAGCCACUCAGAUGAAACUGAAGAGAGCUCGAUUGGCAGAUGAUCUAAAUGAGAAGAUUGCUCAGAGGCCUGGCCCUAUGGAACUGGUAGAAAAAAAUAUUCUUCCUGUAGACUCCAGCGUUAAAGAAGCUAUUAUAGCAGUUGGACAAGAGAAUUAUCCUCAAGCUUUGGAUGAUUAUUCAUUUGAUGAAGACAGCAGUGAUGCUUUAUCACCAGAUCAGCCAGCCAGCCAAGAAUCCCAGGGUUCAGCAGCUUCCCCUGGUGAGCCAAAAACAAAUGACUCACCAUCACCAAUAACACCAAAUGCUACUACGUCAACACAGUAUCCACCUUUAACCUCUCCAGUUCCCGAAUUUCUCAAAACUCCCUCUACAGUCGAACAGCACGUUACACGUUCUACUGCUACAGCUACCCUGACCACAAAUACUGUAUCUGCAGCAAAGCCUGGGCCAACAUUAGUAAAGCAAAGCCACCCAAAGAACCCAAAUGAUAAGCACCGGAGCAAGAAAUGUAAAGAACCUAAGCCAAGGGUGAAAAAAUUGAAGUAUCAUCAAUAUAUUCCACCUGAUCAGAAAGGUGAGAAAAAUGAGCCACAGAUGGACUCCAACUAUGCUCGUCUGCUACAGCAGCAGCAACUGUUUUUGCAGCUGCAGAUCCUGAGCCAACAGCAACAACACUACAACUACCAGACAAUUCUACCUGCACCGCUGAAGCCACUCAACGACAAACAGAGUAACAAUGGGAAUACGCCACUGAAUACUUUGAACAACAGUACACCAACAUCAGCUGCCAGCUCACCGAGACAGAACAGUAAUAUUCCUAGCCGGAAACCAGGACCUCUACCUUCAAGCUUGGAUGACUUGAAGGUAGCGGAGCUUAAAAUGGAGUUGAAAUUGAGGGGAUUACCAGUGUCUGGAACAAAAACAGAUCUUAUUGAGCGUCUGAAACCCUAUCAAGAUCUUAAUAACAAUGGGGUUGCUACCAGUAGCUCUGUUACAGUAACCACUUCUGCUGGGGCCGCAGGUAACACUGGGGAAGUGACUGUGUCAUUUCCUGUUGCAACACUAAAUAAACCAGUGGCUAAUACGAUAUCCAGCUUUCCUCCAGAAAAAACAUCCACCGGACCUGGCUGCAAAGUAGUAAAUACUGAAAACAUUAGCUCUCCUUUGCCUAUAUCUCCCUCUCCUUCAGAACAAUCUAGUCUAAGCACAGAUGAUACUAAUAUGGCAGAUACUUUCACAGAAAUGAUGACCAUGAUGUCGCCAUCCCAGUUCUUAAGUACUUCACCACUAAGAGCAAAUAUGAGUGAUGAUAAUCAGAAUCGCAGUAGUGGAAGCAUCUCAGCCAUGGAGUUUGAUGUAGCAGAAAAGGACCGCAAGCUUCAAGAAAAAGAAAAGCAGAUUGAAGAGCUCAAAAGGAAACUGGAACAAGAGCAAAAACUUGUGGAAGUACUGAAAAUGCAACUUGAGGUUGAAAAACGGGGACAACAGCAACAGUCUCAGGCUUCUGGUAACUCAUCUACUUCAGAACAGAAGCAAUUCAGUGCUGCUGUCAAAGAUGAAAGUACUCCUACUGACUGCUCUAGUACUAGUCAAUCCGUACCUGUAGCUAGUCAUUCUCUAGGACAGUCAGUAUAUACUAGCAGCCAGAAUCCAGUUGCCAAAAAGGCGGUUGUUAUCAAGCAGGAGAUACCUGUGGCCAAAGCUGAACUUCAGAAUGCCAUUUCUCAAUUUUAUGUUAAUCCACAGAGGCAGCCGCAAACUGCAGUUGUUGCCCAACCUCAAGCUUUGUUAACUACCCAAGGAACUGCACAGCUGCUCCUUCCACUAUCUAUCCAGGGACCGAAUUCUGCCACUGCAGUGCAGCUACCAGUUGGAAAUAUAAAGUUGCAGGCUCAAUCACAAGCUGGAACACAGACCCCAUCACAAAUACCUGCUCCUAUUUCUUCCUCUGGCCUGGUCCAGACAGCACCUCAGAUGCAUACUCCACAAUCAAAACAAAAUACCAUCACGCAGCAUGCACUUGGUCAGACCCAACAAAUCAGAAAGGUUUUUCCACCUACCACAUCAAAUACAGUAUUUUCCUAUCAGACUGCACCAGUUACAACACCUUCACAAUCUUUUAUUAAUAAAACAUCAAACUCUAACAUUCACACUGGUGGUAAUCAGGUUCCCUCUGUGCAGAAUGGACCUGCUACUCCUAAUAAGCCUGGCUCUCCAUCUCAAGCUCAGCCUUAUAUUGUUCAACAGUCCCUCUUCAACAACACAGUAUCCAAGACAAAAGAUCCUCCUCGUUAUGAAGAGGCCAUAAAACAGACCCGCAAUAUUCAGACAUCGCUCCGUGAGAUUUCCAGCGCACACAGUCAGCAGAUGGAUGAUCUUUUUGAUAUUCUCAUCAAGAGUGGAGAGAUUUCCCUUCCAAUAAAGGAGGAACCAUCUCCCAUUUCUAAAAUGAGACCAGUAACAGCCAACAUCACUACAAUGCCAGUGAAUACAGUGAUAUCCCGCCCACCACCACAAAUCCAAAUGGCCCCUCCUCCUGUGUCCUUAGAACCAACAACCAGCUUGUCUGUAAGUUUGGAAAACCAGCUUGAAGCCCUCUUGGAUGGAACAUUACCAUCAGGUAACGAAAUUCCUCAACUGACAAGCAGUAAUGAGGACAGAGAGUCAUUUUCUUUAAUUGAAGACCUCCAGAAUGAUCUGCUUAAUCACUCCAGCAUUUUAGAUCACUCUCAUUCACCCAUGGAAACAUCCGACCCACAGUUUACCACUAAUAAUUCUUGCUUGUCUCUUGACCUUCCCGAUACAAAUUUGGACAAUAUGGAAUGGCUAGACAUUACAAUGCCUAGCUCCUCAUCUGGACUCACUCCUCUCAGUUCUACUGCCCCCAGCGUGUUUUCCACUGACUUUCUAGAUCCACAAGAUCUACAGUUGCACUGGGAUUAAGCUAUAGUCAAUGAGAACAUGACCUACAAGUCUCUUUACAGCAGAGGUCCAUUAUUAUACCAUUUUGAUUGCAGUUAAGAUAAAUUAAGACAGUAAUGUUUGGAAGAACAAAUGCUUGAAUCUAAUUCCUUAUUGAUUUUCAAGUUUACAACAGUGAAUUACUUUAUGCUCCUAUCAGUAAUGCAGAUCAGGGCCCUCUGAAAGCUGUAUUUCACAAGUCAAGAAAGGAUGCUUGUACUUACUGAUUAAAAGUACCCCAAGGUAAAUGCAUCACAAAUGUUUAAGAAAGAAGUUAUGUCUCUGACUUUGUAAUGCUUAAAUGAGCAACGCAACACGGCUAAACUUAGAGAAGUGAGAUAUCAGCUGUCUGUAUUGACACAGUGAGCAAAUGUUUGGGGAGGGUGAUGUAUCACUGCACUUCGUUGUUCCUGUGGAUAGCCUGAGCCAGGUUCAAAAUGAAUGUGAGGGCGAAGGCAAGUAGAAGCACUGGCUGGUUCAGUGAAACUUCAUAUAUAUAGUCUCUUAAUUUGUUCAAGUUGUUUUUAUAUUUUGGUUUUGUGGUUUUUAAAACUCUUCCCCCAUUCUUUAAUCAUGAGGGAAGAAUUUAACUGCAUCCAAAGGGACAUUAAGUGUAACUGCAAGAAAUCCACUGUAGCUACGCCAGGUAAUAUUAAGAACACUGAAUUUUGUAUAGCAAUGCUCUGGAUUUAAUAGCUAGGUUUUAAUGUGUAUAUCAGACAGUUAUUUGUAUACUCUUUGUAUAGCUUAUUUUUGUGAACAGAGGGGAACAGUGGUCUUCAAACGAGAUUAUUACAAUGGAAAUAAUAAAUAUCCUAAUUUACUUCGUGUUUGAGGGUAUUUCUUAGAUCAUUGAAUCCAGUAUCUCAGCAUAUUAGAACAGUUUGAGGAAGUAGAAAAGUGUAAUUAAUGCUGUUGUGCACUAUGAUCCUGCAAGCAUCUAUGCAAGAGUAGUCCCAAUGCUGUCAGUAAAAGAUGUUUGUAGGAUCAGACCGAGUUGCAGGGGACAGUACUGACAGGAUAAGCAUCAUUUCUUAAUGAAUACUUUGUCUAUUGAACAGCUUUGUCUACCACUACAUAACAUCAGGGAAGCUAAACAGAGAAGCUGCUCAGUGAGAAUCCUAAAUGGCAUACACUUACGGAAAAUUAUAAAAUGCUAAUAAGCAGUAUCAGGAUCUACUAUGCCUAAGAAGGCGUAUUUCAUACCUGAAACAGAUAAUAGCAAAAAUAAAGUUCCUCACAGCACAGCACAUGAAAAUACUAUUUUUUUUAAAGCCCUUACUUGUUUUUUUCAGAGUCUAUUAUGAAAACAGUUGUAAAAACAAACAAAAAAUGCAAAUAGAAAUAAAAUACUUUGUAAUUCUAUGGUUGUCUCUCAGGUAAUAGCUGUUAAGUGUUGCCAUAGAUGACGUAGGCUGAUAAUCAAACCUAAAACUGGAAUUAUUUCCUAUUAGGGAAUUCCUAGAUUAAGAUAAAAUGAAACAGUCCCCUAUUUCCUGAACAAUGGAAAUGUGAUAUGUUUUCUAGUCUGAAAACUGAUCUCAUUGCAGAAUUCUUUCCUCACCACCAACGUUCAAAAAUAAAGUUCUGUAGGAACUAAUGAAAAAAUGCCGUGAAGCUUUUGCUUACUUAGAGUAAUGAUAUGUAUCAAAGAAAUAAUGAAAACAGAAAGUAGCUGUUAACUAUUUAGCAACCUCUACCACAUUAAAAACAAACAAAGACACACAAAUCACUCAUGUUAACAUCAAACAAAAUACUCAUCAGAAAAUGUUCUGGAAUUAACUGCCAAUUUAUGUCUCCAGAUAUACAAUGCAGUCUGGUUUACUAUUUACAGAAUUCCAUUGGCUUUAGAUAAAAUAGUAGAUUCUAUCAUGGAUUCAGGUUUUAAACUGGCAUCAUAAGUUUGCAUCAUAUCAGUUAUCAGCACUUUAAAUCAUUAUAUAUCUUCAGUGGUUUUACAGGCCAGGAUUUACUUUAAUUUGAAACCAAGUACAGGAAAACAAUCUAUGGAGAUUUUCACAACAAAAGAUGAAGUUGAAAGACAUAUUUCCUUAUUCCUUCUUGCUGUAUGUACAGUACUUGAGCACAAUAUUACACAUGGACUGUCUGCCUUAAAUUUUGAUGGUAUAGGACUCUUCAAUAACAUUGAACAAAUACAUUCAACUUUUUGCAUUCCUUUCCAUCAUAUUAUCUUGGGAGCUAAUACUCUGAGAUACUAAGUGCCCUCAGCUGUUACAAGAAUAAGAAUUAAGGACUCUUGGUCUGAUAGGAACAAUUUUGAAUGAAAUUUACUGUUCUGCAGUACUGUCAAUUUAUUAUGUGUGAUACACCAGACUUCAUACCACUUACGUGUGGUUAGUUACCCCUUUUUGACCCUGUCUUCUGAUUAAGAGGCAAGUAAAUUAAUUUUUAGGGGACAAAUUAACCCUAGAGCAACUGUACUGUCAUUUUUUAUGUGCAUGUAAAUAGAGCUUAAAACUGGCAAAGUCAUCUUGCUACAAAACUAUCCUUCUUGGCAGUGUAGAAUGUUAACUAAUCCAUAGGAGUCUAUGUGCAGAAAUAAACCCAAACAGUUGAGAUGUGUUGUUAUCAGUACAGUAUAGCUUUCUACUCUAAAAGUCUAUUUGCAAAAAAAAAAUAUACAGGUAUAUUAUUAAAAAAUUGAGGGAUCAUUUUAGUUUUUAAAGUACAAAUAUUCUAGUGUAGGGAAUAUGUGAUUACUUUUUUGUACAUUUCAGAAUUAUGUGUAUUAAACCUUAUAUACAAUGGUUUGCUUUAGACUUUGUUCUGAAAUGUGAUAUAUUUGCCAUAGUUAUAUAUGCCUGUUAUGGCAGAAAUAGGUUUUGCUUAGACUUUUGUGUGUGCAUGUUUUACAUGACAAUUUUUGUAACACAAAUACAAUACAUCUUAGAAAUUUAAUCAUGACUGUGCAGUUUGACUGUACAGAACUGAAUAUAUUUCUCAUUAAGAGAACAGUUGCAAAGGAAUGCACUGGCACUAAAUUUGCCAUUUAAUGGCUGCAGUAUAGUAAUAGAACACAUCCUAUCAAAUGUGUUGUUAGUAGAUCCUUCAGAGUAAUUAAGAAUACCAUUUUAUCAGUGUGAAAAUCAAAAGUUGGUGUUUACAAUUCUAGACAUGGAGAGAGCUCAGACGUGUUUUACAAGGCUAAUGUUGAUCAAGAGGAGUCACAUCCUGCAUUUAAUACAGAAAUGGUAUUUGUUACGCACUUUUAGUGCCAUUCAGCAUUAGUUAAGUAAGUUUACAAGCAAAAUUUUGUUUAACAUUAUAAAUAGUUAAGAAAUCAUUGUCAUAAAUUUAGCAGUUCUCUCUGAGUAUAAAAUGAAUUUAUGGCAGUUGUUCUCUACAGAAAUUUAGAGCCUAAUCUAGCAAUGUGGGCUUGCAGAAUCAGACCUUUAAAAAGCUGAGGCCACAGCUUUUAGAAAUAAUCACUACUUAAUACUGAAAUUUCUUUCCAACGUAUUUCUAAAUUCACCAACAGGAGUUAUGUUCAAGGAGGCAGAUGAUCAAAAUAGAAGUUUCAAUAUUAAACUUUUAUGUUGCGUAACCUCAAACAUUCAGCUGCCUGAAAAGUGUAGGCACUGUAAUUGGAAACCAAGCACAAGCUGCUGCACUGCUUUCAAGGCAGAGAAAAUGCAAUUACAGAAUACAUUUAACUGGAAGGGCAUUAUGUAAUCAAAACACAGUAAAGCUCACCGAUGUAAACAAUUAUUAUUUGGAUGGCUUCUUCAGUGUAUUACAAACUUAAAGCAAAUUCUAUUGAAACUGGAAAACAAAUUUCUUCCACUUAUCUCUAGUAAAUGUUCCGUUAAAACUCUUUAUAUUGUGGUCUAUUAAAUUGCCUUUUGAUGACUUCUAGACCAUACUACAGACGGUUUUUUAUGUGAGAUACGUGGAAUGGAGUUGCAUAUAGUAUAUACAUGGCCAAUAAAGAGCAUCCAUUAAAAUCUGAAGUAAUCUCAAAUAUUCCUUUUAUACCAGUUUGUUAGGAAUAAAUAUAAAGCGCAAAAAAGACACCUACAUCAUUCUGUAGUGUCCAAUACUGAAUAUAAGGACUUUUGAAGUUAAAAAUACAUAAAUGUAUUUGUAGAAAUCUAGCCAAAAAAGCCAUUCUAGCUAUGAGAGCAAAUUCUCAAUAAAAAGCAGGGAAUGGUUAAUAACUAUAUAAUCACACUAUUUUUAUAAAAAAUACAGCUCAGAUAUUCAAAAGACAGCCUAAAAUAAAUUAUAAUAAUAUAAAAAUUUAAAUAGGAACCAAAGCAUUGCCAUUUAUAUUGCCAAAGGAGGCACUUUGUAUUUUGAAGCAUAGGAAAUUAAAUCCCCAAAAGUAUUAUCCAUACUUUUUUAAAAUUAAGGAUGUAGAUAUUUUCAAAGCUGUUUUUGAUGUUUAACAGUACAGACUUGUUUUUGUUGUUUGAGAAAUUUGUAUUAAGUAAUAGCACAAGCUUUUUUCCAAUAGGAUUUUUCUUCACAAUACUGCUUGCAGUAGAAAUAACGCUAACCCUAGCAGGUGUUUCUCUUCUCUUUUUCAUAGUCGUAAUUAUGUCUUAGCAUCUCAUUUUGUGAAAAGAAGAAGAUAGACACCUGUCUCUAGGGCCCCCUUCAUUUAAGCACUACUUUACUAAAUGCAAAUUAUGCCAAUCAGGGCGUCAGUUUAUGUAUUGCCUUUCUAUAAAAAACCAUGAUGCCUUUGUAUUUGCUGUUUGCACCCCUAGAAUCAAUUCCAUAUGUUUGAAUGCCAUAUGUUUUGCACAUUGUACUGUAUAUAUGUAAUGCAUACUGUAUUUUUAUAUGUGUACUACAUUUAUCAAAUAUUUUGUACAUAGUGGCAAUAUUGUAGCUACUGAGGAAAUGUUUGAUAUUUCAGCAUUUUUGCUAAGUGUCUCAAAUAAAAAAUGAAAACUGU